GUCGCGUCUCGAGCCGCGUCUUGCAAGCGUGUGGCCCAAAUCUAAAGUCUUACCCAUGCACCCAAGCAUAAACACCACUCCACUGUCUGCUGGACACCAAAGCUUAUUCAAUUUGUCUAUCGUGAACAGCUGUGACCAUACAAUCUUCAUUCCGAUCUGGUCACAAUACUCUCGUCAACCGAAAUCUACCCUUCCACUCUCACACUUAACCCGAAGAAAUCGCGAAACCGUCGCGUCUGCGAGACAAGUGAUAGAAGGCGCGAUAUUAGAUCACAACGUUAUAACAGCGCCCGCAACAACAACAAUAACAACAACAACAACACAACGACAAUGCCAGCAACCGCCUCCAUGUGAAUCCCACCAUUUAACCGAGUACUCAUGUUCACGUGAAUCGAGCCGGCACGCCAAAACAACAUAUCUCUCACUUUUUAAACGAACGUCAUAUCACUAGUAGCAACAUGUACCUCCCACGCUCGCUCAUCUCCAAGCUCUACAUCCACCUGCAAAACACGCGCCACCCGCUCUCGCCGCCCGUGCUCAUCCUGGUCGCCCUAGAGCCCGACGCGCUGUGCGCCUGCCGCAUCCUCACGCGGCUCUUCAAGCAUGACUACAUCCCGCACAAGAUCCAACCCGUCGCGGGCUACGCGGAUCUCGAGCGCGUCGGCGCCGAGCUGGUGAGCCCGAUGAUGGAGACACGCGGCGGCGCGGGAGGCGUGGUCGUCUGUCUCGGCGUCGGCGGCAUGGCCGACCUGGGCACCGUGCUGGGCCUCGAGCUCGAGGGCGAGGAGAAUACCUUUGGCAAGGUCGAAGUGUGGGUCGUAGAUUCGCGGCGGCCGUGGAACCUGGGCAAUGUCUUUGGCGGGUUCCCGCUGGAGCCCGAGACGGAGGAGGCCACCACCUUUGCGGCGCGCUCGCCCAUUGGGGUGACCGGGGGCUGUAUUGAGCGGGCGUAUCGGCCGGGGAAGGGCGGGAUUGUGGUGUUUGACGACGGCGAUAUUGAGGACGAAUUGGCCAAGGAGCGUGAGGCGUACCUCGCUCUUAUUGACAUGCCUGAUGUUGAAGACGACGGGGAGGAUUUGGGUGACAGUGAGGAUGAUGAGGAGAGCGACAAUGAGGAGGAAGAAGAAGUUGUUGCUGCUUUGCCGGCUUUGCCGACCCGCACCGGCAACAAGAGGAAGUCGUGGGAUUAUCUGGAUGAGGACAGUGAUGACGAUGGUGACCGGCCGAGGCAAAGGAGACGGAGCAACUCGUCCACCUCGAUUCCGGAGUCACCUCGGCGUCCCGCACAACGUGGCCUCAUAUCGUUGAGGGAUGAAGCCAUUUUUUCUAGUGAUUCACCAGAACCACCAUCGGCCGCUCAGCUACCUAAAGCGCCUUCAGCACGGACGCUGAGACGGAGGCUUCUCCGAAUACGGCGGAAGAAUGAGGCGAUUCUCCGAGACUAUUACCGUUUGGGCACGUCGUACUCGGAGCCCAUUUCCUCCAUGAUGUAUUCACUUGCCUCCGAGCUUGGUCGAGAGGAUAACGACCUGCUCUGGCUGGCCAUCGUCGGCGUCACGUCAAUGGAGCUCUACGGGCGCUCCUCGGCUGGUGUCGCCGUUCCGGUUCGGAGUUCCGAGGCUCGUCCGGCCUCUGGCUGGCUGGGCAUGCGCGGCGCGAGGAUACGGCAGCUACUGCGCGACGAGGUCCGGCGUCUAAAUCCUCCAGAGAUAGGAAACGGAAGGGCGCCACCAGAAACCACCGGCGUUAUCCCGACCACCGCUCGCAGCCCCGAAGACACCAGCAUCCGUCUCUCACCAGAGCCCAAGUUUCUCCUUAUCCGCCACUGGAGUCUCUACGACAGCAUGCUCCACUCCCCUUACCUUUUCUCCCGCCUCAAGACAUGGAGCGAAACCGGCCUCAAGCGGCUCCACAAGCUCCUGGCCAAGAUGGGCGUCAGCCUUGUGCAGUGCAAACAGAGCUACGCGCACAUGGACAUGAUGCUGAAGCGGGAGCUGCGCACCAAGCUCCUUAAGUAUGCAUCGCUCUACAAUCUCGACGAGCUCGUCCCCACCAUCGACACCGACGGCCAAGACCGCGGCGGCGCCAAAGAUGGAUGGGGCUUCGUCCGCAGCUGGGGCUGGCGCGCGACCCUCAGCGCGCAGGACGUGGGCGUGGUCAUCGGCGCGCUCCUCGAGGUCGGCAAGAACACAACCUCCUUGUCCUCUUACUCCUCCUCCGACCCUCCCCCCAGCGCUCCCUCCCAACAACAACUCUCCACGCAGACCCCGAGCGAGGAAUGGAUCCCGCGUUUCUGGGAGGCGUACGACGCGCUCGAGGACAUCGAAGCCCUCAAGGCUGGACUACCCACCGCGCAGUUCCUGCACAAGGCCAUCUUCACGACGGGCACCACCAUCCUCAAGAAGAAGCAGAUCUCGCACCUGCGUGCCUUCCGCAUGUGCGUCGUCAAGGACGCGCCCGAUUCCGCGCUGUUCAACCACCCGGGCGCGCUGACGAAGCUGGCGUUGUGGAUCGGCGAGGCCCUGACCGAGCAGGAGAAGGACAGCUUGGGCAAGCUCGCGCACGGAGGGCGCGGCACGCCGCUGGUCGUCGCCAGCCUGGACGAGAAGCGCGGCGUGUACGUGGUUGUCGGCACCGGUGGUGGCGGCGGCCCGGACACGGCGUUUGUCGAUCGCGAGGCGGCAAGGAAGAGGGCCAAGGAGCGCGAGGAGAGGGCCAAGGCUAGGGAGGAGGCAAGGAAGGUCAGGGAGAGGAUCCGGGAGGAGAAGAGGGCGGCUAAAAAGCGGUUGAGGGAGGAGAAGAAUAAAGAUAAGGAUGGAGACGGCCAGGAGGAAGAGGAAGAGGAGGAGGCGGAUGAGGAUGAAUCGGAGAGUAGCGAGGAGGAGAGUGAUGAGGAUGAGGAGCUCUCCGAGGAUGAUGAAGCGGAUGCCUCGAGGGAGAGGGGAUACGGGCUGAACCGGUUCGGCACGGCGUUCCAGGAUGUCGUGGCCGAGACGAACGCGCGGGUACGGAUCGACAGCUUUGAGCACUGCGUGGUGGAGGUCAAGAAGGAAGAUCUGGGAGGGUUCCUGGAGAGUCUGAGCAUGAAGACUGUUGUGGGCUGAACCCCAUCUGCUGGCUAGGGUCUACGGGUUGAUGGAUGGGCGGAUCAGUUGGUAUGGGUUGGGGAUGGCAACGUUGGCCGGUCUCUGUUGGUUCAUUGUAUUGGGUGUUGGGAGCCAGUGCUUGUCUGCCCAUUGUUGAGCUGCUGCGAUGUAGAUGUUGUUUUGUUUUUCUGCUUUUGUUGAAGUUAUUGUACUGUACAUACAUACCUCAUGACGAUGGGCUGGGACAUGGAGCAUGGCGAGGGAGAGGUUGAGGUGUUUGGAUGGGCAUGCGAUAGACAUCAGGUAGCUAGGUGACUUGCUUGAAUAAGGUAUUGUUGUUCACACAUCGCGAGAGGUGCCUUUCAACCAACCAUUUCACUAACGUUACUUGCCUCACUCGCAUCAACAUGGAAGUUAGGUGAAACGAAGGGUGCGGUUCUGGGUUGC